GAUACUGCGUCAAACACGUGGGUUUGUUGAUAAAAUAGUCUGAGACAUUGACAUGUGACGCAUGAGUGUCAUAUGAGAUUGUAUUCGAGAAGUACAGUCUUGAUUUAACUACCUACCCUUAGCAGACAGUCUGGAAUAUGCAAAUCUUGUGGUUUAUGUCUGUGAGACAACCACUGAUAAAAAUGAACUGUGUGAAUACAUCCUCGGGUGUUAACAGAUUCUGACAGUGCCAACAUACACUGCAAGCAGAAUGGGAACUGAGGCAGCAACAGGUUGUAUCAGUAAGCUCUCUGAGCUGUUGCGAAUUCACAGAUUUGUCAUGUCAAGAAUAUGUACAGUGAAUGGAACCGAGGCACACAUGUACUCUUAUGGAACUCCUGGGGUGCUACUGAGGAAGAAUAUACUCAGUGAAUGGUGGAAUCACAUGGUUUCUCUCCAAGAGAAUACAUUUCCAGUGGAAGCAUCAGUUGUCUCCCCUGACUUGUCGGACCCAGGGAUCAGUAUAGCAUUAGGACCCAGGGAAGAAAACGGUAUGGUUACAGAUGUUGGCCUAACUUCAUCUUUGUCUAAAGAUCUGCUAAGCAGCUACCUUCACAGUCUGGAGCAAGUCAACAGAAGACUUCCCCUUGCACAGGCUGCAGUCGGUACCUGCUUUCAGUUCAGUCGGACCGAGUCUGAGGACAACAAUUCACCCCAACACCGACUUCUUUCAAAAGGGCUGUGCCAGACACAGCUGGUCCACCAGUACUACAGUCCUCCGGGCAGUGCCUCACAGAACUAUGAUCACUGGCUAAGUCUCAGACUUCGAUGGUGGAGACAGUUCUCCAGCAAGCCCUCGCAGUUUGUGACCAGCAACAAUGAUGUACCUGAUGGGAAAACCUCUUCAUCUAUAGAGUAUAUGUUUCCAUGGGGACAGAGUACAAUAGAAACAGUCUGUAACCAUGGUGAUCAUGAUAUCAAACAGUUGGAAGAGCAGUCAGGGCUAAACCACCAGGCUCGAGCCAGCAGGAAGAUGGUGUAUCCCCAUGUCAUUGAGUGCCAGACAUCACUAGAAGAUGCUAUGGCAGCUUUUCUUGCUGAUGCUUUCCAGGAGAAACAGAUCUUUUCUACAAACAAAACCACAAAGCAGAAUGGUGCCAGAAUGGUUUUACAAUUUCAUCCACAUUUAGCUCCAUACAAUGUCUCCAUGGUGAACACGGGCUCCAAGUCAAGGGAGCUACGACUCAUAACAACACACUGGUGCCAGGAGCUGCGAGAGGCAGGCUUGAGGGUGCUAGACACAGCUGAUGUCAGUCUGACACAGGAAGCUCAGUUCAAGCGAAAUGAUGAGCUGGGUGUACCAUAUACUGUAGUGCUAAAUGAUCAAACUCUCGACACUGGAGUCAUCACCAUACGUCAUCGAGACACCAUGUUGAAGGAGCAAGUUCACAUUGCCAAAUUUAAGGAGCGCUUGGUUCGCUACACAAGUCCGGUCUGAUGACAAGAAGUGUGAAGGGUGACAGUGCAUAUAUAUAAAGAUCUUUCACCACAAAAGGCUCCUUGUUCAAGAACUUAUAUUGGAUAAUCAAUAUCUUUGUGGUGCUUCAGUUGAACUUGAGUGGUACUUCAGAGUACUUGUUUUGUCUUCUAUCCCACUGAUUGUAGACAUAAGAUUAAAGAGUGAAUGUGUAAUGGGCGAGAUAUGUACUGAAAUACAAAUGGAUAACAACUGCUUUUGUAAAUUACCCCCUACAUGUCUGCCAUUACACAAAUAUUUCAUCAGUUGAAAAACAUCAUACAAUAAAAAUGUGGACUGUUAUGUGUAUGGAGAAACUAUUUAUUGAAUAUAACAAAACACUGUCUGCAUAGUGCUAUUUAUGCAAGGGCUCUUGGUAUCUGUAAUAAUUUCCUGAAUUUUCAAUAGACAUUGAUCUCAAUUUACAGAGGUCAAAAUUAAACAAGACCCCAUUGGUAAAGCACAUCCAUGAAUAAAAUGAAAAGUGAAAACAAUU